GCGGCUCUGCGGGCGCGGAGCGAGCGCGGCCCCGGCCCGCCGGCGGCGGCGGCAGGAUGAAGUUCGCCGAGCACCUCGCGGCGCACAUCACCCCCGAGUGGCGGAAGCAGUACAUCCAGUAUGAGGCUUUGAAAGAGAUGCUAUAUGCAGCUGUGGACCAGGCACCUUCUAUAGAAGACACAGAUGAGGACACGGUGAAAAGAUGUUUUGCCACGUUUGAAGAGAAAUUCUUCCAAACCUGUGAGAAAGAACUUGCCAAAAUCAACAUUUUCUAUUCAGAGAAGCUGGCGGAGGCGCAGCGCCGCUUCACCACGCUCCGCACCGAGCUGCAAUCCACCUUGGACGCGCAGAAGGAGGCCAGCGGGGCCUCCACGCUGCCGCGGCGCCGAAAGCCCGUCUUCCACCUGUCCCACGAGGAGCGCGUCCAGCACAGGAACAUCAGAGACCUGAAACUGGCCUUCAGCGAGCUCUACCUCAGCCUCAUCUUGCUGCAGAACUAUCAGAACCUGAACUUCACCGGCUUCCGCAAGAUCCUGAAGAAGCAUGACAAGAACCUGGAGACAACGCGGGGGGCAGAGUGGAGGGUGGCCGAGGUGGAGGUGGCUCCCUUCUACACCUGCAAGAAGAUCAACCAGCUUAUCUCUGAAACAGAGGAAGUGGUGACCAACGAGUUGGAAGAUGGAGACAGACAGAAGGCAAUGAAACGUUUGCGUGUUCCACCCUUAGGAGCAGCUCAGCCUGUACCAGCCUGGACUACGUUCAGGGUUGGAUUGUUCUGCGGGUUGUUCAUUGCACUGAACGUCACUGUCAUACUUUCAGGUGUGGCUUUUAUAGAUGGACCAAAUGUGUGGCCACUGGUGAGAAUCUAUCGAGGUGGCUUUCUCCUGAUAGAAUUCCUCUUUCUCCUGGGUAUCAACACGUAUGGCUGGAGACAGGCUGGAGUCAACCACGUCCUCAUCUUCGAACUCAAUCCCCGCAGCAACUUGUCCCAUCAACAUCUCUUUGAGAUUGCUGGUUUCCUGGGCGUUUUGUGGUGCCUGAGCCUGCUGGCAUGUAUAUAUGGUAAAUUCACCUACAUCCCUAUGCAGGUGAACCCACUCAUCUUGUAUGGCUUCAUGUUGCUUUUUCUCAUCAACCCCACCAAAACCUUAUACUACAAGUCCCGUUUCUGGCUGCUGAAACUAUUGUUUCGAGUAUUCACCGCUCCCUUCCACAAGGUAGGCUUCGCAGAUUUCUGGCUGGCUGAUCAGCUCAACAGCCUGGUCGUGAUACUUAUGGAUUUGGAAUACAUGAUCUGCUUCUACAGCUUUGAGGUUCAGUGGGAGGACAAUGCUGGACUUCUGGCAGAUACAGAUAAUCAGAUUUGUAACAGCUACUCCUACGGAGUGAGAGCAGUUGUCCAGUGCAUCCCUGCUUGGUUGCGAUUCAUCCAGUGCCUGCGCCGUUACCGCGAUAACAAACGGGCCUUUCAUCUGGUUAACGCUGGAAAAUAUUCCACCACCUUCUUCGUGGUGACAUUUGCAGCCCUCUACAACACUCACAAAGCUAAAAACCACAGUGACACCCAAGUGUUCUUCUACCUGUGGAUUAUCUUCUGUUUCAUCAGCUCUUGCUAUACCCUCAUUUGGGACCUGAAGAUGGACUGGGGUCUCUUUGACAAAAAUGCUGGUGAAAAUACGUUUCUCCGAGAAGGAAUUGUCUACCCACAGAAAGCAUACUACUAUUGUGCCAUUGUAGAAGACGUCAUCCUGCGUUUUGCGUGGACCAUCCAGAUCUCCCUCACUUCCAUGCAAAUCUUUCCCUACGCUGCGGACAUCAUCUCUACGGUGUUUGCCCCACUCGAGGUGUUCCGGCGGUUUGUGUGGAACUUCUUCCGUCUGGAGAACGAGCACCUGAACAACUGCGGCGAGUUCCGCGCCGUGAGGGACAUCUCGGUGGCGCCGCUCAACGCCGACGACCUGACGCUCCUGGAUCAGAUGAUGGACCAGGAGGACGGCGUCCGCAACCGCCGCAAGAACAAGCAGUGGAAGCGCAGCCUGAGCGUGUCCCUGCGCAGGCCUCGCCUCGCCUCACAGUCCAAGGCUUCUGACACAAAGGUGUUGAUAGAGGACCUAGCAAACGAAGUGAACACAUGAGAUGGCCACAUUCUCUUAUUCCACAUCCUUUGUUUUCUCGUUCUGUUUCCCUCUUCCCCAAGUAACCCGAGCUCUGGUACAGUUCCAGCUGAAAACAGGAGAAAACACUGAACACGUUUUCCGAGCUCUUCCAGACCAGAUCCUAUGGACUCCAACAAGCUCACUGUGUUUCGUUUCUUUUCUUCUGGGUUAAUUUUAAUGUUCUAUUUUAAACAAACAAACAAACAAAUAAAAUAUUUUACUUUGUUUUGCCAAUAAAGAGGACAGUUCAGGAAAGAAGGAUUGUUUACAGUCUCGACAAGGACAUACAAACCUUAUCUGGAUAACGAAGCACCGUAGGGACUCCCUCAUGGGACAGUGCUGAGAGCACACUUGGUUUCUGCUUGGCCCGGUUUUGACUGGUUGAAACCGGACUUUUUAAAUCCGAUUUUUUUGUUGUUGUUGUUGGUUUUUUUUUUUUUUUUCCAGUUGUUUGGGUUUUUUUUUCCUUCAUACCCAGCGCUGAGGCACUGGCUGCACUUGCAGGGAAAGUGCACUUAGAGCAGUAUCUUCAUUCAUGAAGCUACUUUUUAAUUUGAUGUAACUUUUCUUAUAAUUUUUUGGAAAUAUGAUGUAUCUGUUGCAUAUAGUUUUCACAUUAUUUAUGAAACUUAACAACCAUAUGAGAGUGAUUUUGAGUCCUGUGCAAUGAAGGUUGUAACGGUAGAACGAAGUGGGGAACGUAGAUCUCCAUCUCCAGGGUCCUGGGGUGAUGCCCCUGCAAAUACCCCUCUCGUGAGACAACUUGCACCUCUGUGUACCUUCUCUCUCUUUUAUUCCUUUUCAAGUUUAUUUUAAACCAAAGUUUCUCUUUCUGAUGCUUUUUUUUUUAGCUGCUGCUACUGCUUCUGGGCAUGUCUCUCGUGCCAGUUCAAAGCCAACUUCUCCACGUGUGAAAGUAGUGCAGAUGAUCCUAAGGAAAGGAGAGUUGGUUCCCACCAACAGCACAAAACACUGGGCGAACAAAGGCUUUGGAACUUCAUUCUCCAGAUCCAAAAGUACUUUUCCAAGCUUUAGGUGUGUCAUGAGGGCAUCUCAGUCCGAGCAGGGAGCUUUUCGGGAGUUCUGCAGCCCAGCAAAGUGGGACGAGGCGAGGAUGGUGACGGUUCUCCUGGGACAGCCAUCAUCAGGCUGGGGCUUAGGAGUGGUGGUGUGUUUCAGGGAGCAUGGAGAGAACUGUGGUGUGCCCACCUGAAGGGGAAGGUGAGGUGGAAAACAGCUCUUCCGUGGUUUCUGGGUUAGCAAAAAGCCUCUGUUGGGCACUGUCCAGCUGCUCUGCCCCUCGGCUCAUCUCAUUCUCCCCGCUUGGGAAGUGGGAUGCUUGAGCAGAUGUGGGUAAUGGACAGCCGGGCAAAUUAUGUUGGAAGAGAGAUGUGAACUCCAUGGACUCCCCUCCUCCUGGGAGGGAGCCAUGGGGGUCUCAGAGCCCUGUCAUCCUUCCCUUGGCACACCUUGUUCUCUGUGGGUCGGCAAGGGAAGGGUGAAACUCCUGAAGGAGGAUCCUCACCAGGCUGGUGGCAGUUUGGGCCGUGGAAUUGCAGGAAUCUCUCCUCGGUUGCUGUUUGAUGGUUGUUUCCCUUAACCAGCACAGUGUCUCCCACGGCUGGUAUCUUGCAUUUCCUCAGUUUGCCUGCUGUGCCUCUUGCCCAGAGGAACUAAAGAAGGAAAUUUGGUUCUCUUCAUUUAAUUGGAAAUGGAUUAAACCCCGUUGUGGUGCUGCUCCUCUCAUCUCCCUCCGUGUGGGGCUGCUCUGGUGGGAGCAGAGCCGGGGCUGUGCUGUCCAUCUUCCCUGAAUUCCUGUCUUUACCUCCCGUAGGUCAGUUCAGACAUAAAACGCAGCAUUCCCGUUCACAUGGAAGUGGAGUCUGGGAUAUAAAGCCCCCUAAAAUAUUUCAGGUUCCUAAUUUGCAUUGGUGCCGUGUCCAAACCUUGUGUAGGUAUUUCCAGCAGUGGGGAAUGGAGCUGUCCCUGCCUGGGGAGGUUAGGGGGGGGCAGCUGCACUGGGGGGAGGAAAUCCAAAAUCAUUUGGAUUUAUUCAAGUCAAAUAACACCACUGGGUGUUACUUAAGCAAGUGGGGUUUUUAUACAAAGAAUCAGAGCUUUACUAGUAAUUAUCUUCCUUUCACAGGGAAAUUAAAAAUACAGAGAGACAUUGUGAGCCAUUUGGUCUGGUGGAGGGUGUCCCUGCCCUUGGCGGGGGGUUGGAACUAUGUGAUCCUUAAGGUCGCUUCCAACCCACACCAUUCCAUGGUUCUGAGAUUUGGAAGUGACGCCGGUCCCCUGGGAGCACUCUGCCUUCCUCAGCUGGGCUGGGGAGGGCAGGGUGUGGCUGGGUGACCUGUGUCCAUCUGUCCGUCCUGCUGCUGCACCGUCCCACCCUCUGCUUCCCAGCCUGGCGGGGGGGAUCAGGUUGCAAGUGAUUAAAUUCUGAUUCUGUAGUUUACCCAAAUCCUUAUGGGAAGCAAGAAUUCAGUGUGUCCAUCUGCUCUGCUCCCUGCUCUGCUCUUCCUCUUCCCUUUUUCUGUCUUUGCUGGCAGGAGAAGCAAGGAAAGAAAAAAGGGAGGUGGCAUGCUAUGACGAGCAAACGUUAUCUCCUAAAAUAAAACGUUGUCCCUUUUGGCAGUGAAGAUGCUGUCUCAGGGGAAAGCAGCCUGAAUUCCCAGAAGGGUGGCUUUUAAAGGCUCCUAGCUCCCAGCCCUGCGCCCGCCUGUUCCCUCCCUCCCAGAGAUUUCUGAGAAUUCAGGCGUGCAGAUUCCUCCCGAGAGCGAGCGCUAAAGCCGGGAUGGCUCCACGUCUGCGAGAACAUCUGGCCAAUAAAGGGAGACCUAAUGAAGCAGAACAGAUGGUGAGAGAAAAUAGCCCUGUCGCUCCUCGGGAGCAGCAGGAGCGAGGGGAGUGGGGACAUUCCCAGGGUGGCUUCACUUCCUGAGCUGGGCUUUGCUCAUGGGUGCUUGGAAAUGCUCCCGCAGGGAGAGCAGCAGGGUGGCAGUCCAGGGCAGAGCAGCGUUAAAAGGAGCGGAGGGUGAGGGGUUUAUCCAUUGCUUUAAGUUGUUGGGAUGCAGCUGGAUGGGAAGUGGGAGCUGAGGAAGGUCCUCAAGCUCUGGCUUUCAGGUGUUGGGCUGUGCCUCGUGACUCAGUGGAGGUUGAGUUUUGCAGCUCAGGAUGGUGUGGAGCUGCUUUGGUCUGGUGAAACCCAUCAGGAUGGUGCAGUCUAAGGAGCGGAGGUGCCACAGUGUGGCAUUUGUGACUUUUGGAGAUUCCCUUUGAACCUGCUUCUCCAUGCUGAUUCCCUCCUGCCCUCCAUCCUGCCGUGCCCCGGGGGAUUUUGGGGUUGCAGGGGGUGAGGUGUUGCAGCACCCAGAGCUGAUUUGCUGGCUGGAGUUCCCCGUGUGGCUUUGGGACGGUGUCACCAGAACCACCCGGUGCCUGUGCUGGGGCAGGGCAAUGCCUCGUGCCAUGGGGGUGCUCCUGAGAGGACAGCAGGGCAGGACUGGGAUCUUCGGGCUCGGCAAGCAGGACUGGGAGCUUCUCCAAUGACAACCGAUGCCGUCCCAGCACAUUUUAGGAGAAAUGCAUUUGCAGCAUUCCUGGCUGCAGCCUGUGUGUAUCCAGUAAGCUCCUACCUCUCUCAUCCAGGUGCAUUCCCAAAGUCAGUUGGUGUUCAUCCUACGCCUUUCCCAGCCCUGCUCCCGGCCCUCCUCAUUCUCUCAAGUGUCUUUGCUGUUUGUCUGAUUCCAAUGAAAGGGGUCAGCUGGCAGCAGCCUUCAGCAUGGACAUCUUGGAAUGGGAGAGAUCUCUGGUGGAAAUCUCAGCAGAGUUGGAUCCUGCUGCUCCUACUUCCCUGAAAACCCUUGUGCUGCUUGUUCUGCCUCUGUGCUGGCACUCAGCUGCAAGGCCAGCGUGGCAGACAGGGAGGGAAAGCAUGUUCCUGGUUCAGGAGGGAACAAUCCCUGGGGAUUUAUCUUCCAGCGAGCGGUGGGGACAGUGUGAAGCCUUUGCCGUGUUUUGAAGGGCCGAGUGGAUUGGGCCUUGUCCUGCAGGGGUGCUGCCGUGCUCUGCUCGCUGGGCUGCGUCCCCAGCGUCAGGCCACGUGCUGGGAAGGGUCCUGGGGCCAGGACAUGGCUUGGCAAGCUGGGGACACACUUUGCUCACAUGCUGCAUCCCAGCUCCGUGUCCUCCCUCCUCUCCUCCACCCUUCUGCUUUGCACUCGCAGGGGGAAGGUGAUCUUCUGCCUUAAACAGUAUUAUUUUUUUUUUAAUUUACGUUUUUAUUCCAGAAGGCAAUCGGAUUGUUUUGUCUCCUUGGAAAAGAGGGGCUGGGGCUCCUGGGGGAAGAGUGGGAAAUCCCUGUGGUACCUCUGCAGCAGUCACAGCUGGGCUCAGUGGCUGUCACCUCAUCAACCCUUGCCUCCUUUUACGCGACCCCAAUCCCGAACUCUGCACCUUGGGGCGAGCGUCCCGUGCUGCCCCCGUGGGGCUGAGCUGGUGUGUCCCAUCGCUGGGGGCUGUCCCAAGGCCGCGGGAGAGGCUCGCACCGCCGUGCUGACACCCCGGCCUGUUCCCGGAGGGAGCCGAGGGCUGCCCCGGCACGAGGGGCAGGAGGCACCGUCCCUGCCGGGCAAGGUGCCCUGCGCCCUGACAUCCCUCGAGCUCUCUAAACCAAAUUGUGAACUCUCCGCUCCAGAGGAGAAAUUGGGCACCCUGGUAGAACUUGCCGUGACCUCUCCAUCCCGUAAGUCCUCGUGGCGAAGGAGCGGCGCUUGGAAGGGGCCCGGGGUGGAAACGCCAAAGUUCCCCCUGGGUCCCGCUGCCGCCUUCCUCUCCCCCUCCCCACUGUGUUGGUCUAAAUGAUCUUUCUAUGAAGCCCUGUAGAUGUCAAAAGUAAUUAUGGAGUGUGAUUAGUCCUCUGUGGGUGCUUUCUUUCUUUCUUUUCUUUCUUUCUUUCUUUCUCCCCCCCCUCCUUUCCCUUUUGCUAUCCCCUUCUCCACUCUUCUGUUUUGGCUCAGUGGAAAAGGUGAGGACAAAGAAUUGCCGCUUGCUUGGACUCAUGAUGUAUCUGUGACUGCGCUAUUAGCUGUCUCCUCCUUCCUCCCCAAAUGGAUAUAAUUUUUGAAGUGUGGAAUUCCCUUCUUGAUAAGUAGGUUUUAAAAAAAGAAAAAUUACUGCACAAUGUGAUACUGUUUCAUAGUUUCUAGGUGGUUGUAUAAAGCAAAGUUACUGUGAUUGUGUUUUUUCAAAGGAACAAGUGAUUGGUUACGAAAUCUGUCCUUUUUUCAUUAUUACAAGCUCUUUGUUUUCCAAUGA